AUGACGUUGGCUGCAGUACUUUUGUAUUUGGCAACUGUAUUUGCAACUUGUCAUGCAGAUGGCUAUAUAGAGCAAGUGGCCCAACAAAUCCAUCUUCUCCGGCCCCGGUCAGGUGCAGCUGGCUAUCGGCUUCAGGAUGUCGACUGCCUCAGUUGGCGUCUAGCUGUGGAAACAAACAACAUCCGCAAUUGGAAACUGGUGCCCGAGAAGUGUGAACAAUAUGUUGGCCAUUACAUGCUAGGCAAACAAUACCGUGAAGAUUGCGAAAUUGUAGCAAACACUGCAAUUGAAUAUGCCAAGAGCCUCACACUUGCUGGUGAUGGGAAGGAUAUUUGGAUCUUUGAUAUUGACGAAACUACGCUAUCUAAUUCGCCGUAUUAUGCUCGCUCUGAUGUGCAAUUUGGGGCAUUACCAUACAACGACACAAAGUUUAACGAGUGGGUUGCGGAGGGAGCUGCGCCACCAGUGCCGGGGUCUUUGCGCCUAUAUCAAACAUUGUUGCCUCUUGGGUUUAAGAUUGUCUUUUUAACAGGAACAGCAGAAAGAUUUAAAGACAUUAGGAUUUCCAAUCUAAAAGCAGCUGGAUAUCAUACCUGGGAAAAGCUCAUUCUCAAGUAA